AUGUAUAAUUUGUUAAUGUUACUGGGUUCUUCUCAUGAAUUAGUACCUCAAUUUCCAGGAGGUAGUGAUUCUGUUAUGCAAGCUACUAGUGUAUCAAAAACAUCCAAAGCAGCAUCACUUUCUUCAAGUCCAAUUCUUUCUAAUAUAAGUCGACGAUCUUAUCAGUCUCUCUCUAUGUCUUCGAAUCACUUUCUCCACUCAUCAGCAAGUUCUAAGAGAAAAAGACGAUCUCAUCAGUCUCUCUCUAUGUCUUCGAAUCACAUCCCCUGCCAAGCACCACCAAAUUCUUGCGAUAAUCUGCUGUCUUUUCAGUCGCGCUCUAUGUACUUGAAUAAUCCUACACGCUAUGUGCCUUCGAAUGAUUCUGAAAUUAGUGAUUCUUUUGAACAAGUUUUACCAUUCAUUUCUGUCAAAUCAAAACCUCCAAAGAUUGAAACUCUUUAUAAUUUUCUCAAUUUUCAAUCAUUUGAUGGUUCAUUUUUACCAUCUUCUAAAUUUUAUUCUUGGUUUGAUAAAAAAGAUUUUAAAGAUUUUGAAGUUAUUGGAGUUAAACAUGAAAAAAUAUUAUGUUUGGCAUUAGCAAUAGAAUAUUUGGAAAUUAUAAUGUUUGAAACAUUUAAAGAUGAAUGUGAGAUGUGUUAUGAAAAAGCUAAAAAAGCUUUGAAAAAAGAGGUUGGUGAUGAUGAGCAAAAGAUUAUUGAGAUUUUGAAAAACGUUAAAGAAUGGGUUAAAAAUUGGGCUGAUGAAUAA